CAGCACUUGCCAGCAUCUCUUCCUCGCUUCACAAUGUCCCUCUCGCACACGGCUGCCGAGUACAUGCUCUCUGACGCUCUGCUCCCGGAUCCCGGCAGUUCCCGAGCCAAGGGCCUGCGCCUGGAGCUGCCGAGCGAUCGCCUGCUGAAGUUUGUCACCGUGGGGCUGCCCCUCUGCCUUGUCUCGCUGGCUUUUGCCCGGGAGUUCUCUGCUGGCUCCCAGAUCAGCUGCUUCUCUCCCACCAACUUCACGGGGAAGCAGUCUGCCUACGCCGACACGGCUUGCUGGGACUCCCUCAUCCACCACGGCUUCGACGCCGAGGGACGUGCUGUCACCAAGUCCCUCUGGGCUCUCAAGGUCUUCCCCUACUCGCUGCUGGUGGUGGCGGUGCUGAUGUACCUGCCGUACCUGCUGUGGCGUUACGCCGCCGCCCCUGCCCUGCACUCCGACCUGCUCUUCAUCAUCGACGAGCUGGAUAAAUCCUACAACCGCUCGGUGCGCCUGGUGCAGCACAUGAGGAAGGUCCAGCUGGCCAGUGAUGAGCCAGAGCGAUUCUGGGAGGAGUAUGAGAGGGCCCGCCAGGAGAGGUAUUUUGAGUUCCCGUUGCUGGAGCGGUACCUGACCUGCAAGCAGCACGCCCACGCCCUUACGUUCAUCUACAUCCUAAGGAACCUGCUGCUGCUCCUGUUCCUGGCUGCCACCUGCCUCUACCUGGUCUUCCUCCACCUCAACAUCUUCUUCCAGGAUGAGUUCAGCUGCUCCAUCAAAACAGGGCUGCUCCAGGCAGAGCCCCACAUCCCCCCACUCAUCCCCUGCAAGUUGGUCUUCUUCUCCAUCUUCCAGCUCAUCAGCCUCUCAGUGGGCAGUGUCUACAUCCUCCUUAUCCCCGUCGUCAUCUACAACGCCCUGCAGCUCUGCCAGUGGGACAAGGGGCUGCUCUCCGUCUACGAGAUGCUGCCUGCCUUCGACCUGCUCAGCCGCAGGAUGCUCACCUGCCCCCUCAACGACCUCAACGUCAUCCUCCUCUUCCUCCGUGCCAACAUCUCCGAGCUGACCUCCUUCGGCCGCCUCAACGCUGUCAGCGCCCUGAGGGAAGCCACGGCCAACAAGGAGGACAUCGACACCGUCAUCGAUUUCAUGACGCUGCUGGCCGGGCUGGAGACCACCAAGCCCAAGCACCAAGCUUGCCCCCCCGAGGGCGAGGGCAGCGCAGCCCUCUCCAACGGCACGGCCCUAGAACCAAAGCCUGGAGUGGAAACGAUGGGAAAAGCCUCUCGGGACUCGCUCGGCUCUGCCUGACCCAGGAGCAGGCAGGGAUCCUGCCAUCCCAGGAUCCACUUCGAUCCAAAUCCUUCUUGCCGGCAUCACUUGAGUGCAUUACCCUGGUUCUAACACAGCUGUGAUGUGGCAGCUGGGCUGAGCCCACCUGCUUUUCCUGCACCUGGGCUUUCCCUUCUUAUGUAUGUUUUUUCAGAAAAAUAGGGUUAAACAAUCAAUAUUUUGUGCAGAACCUCUUGGGUUCUCUUUUUCCAAGCACUGGGUGCCACACUGUGCCUCUUCCACACAAAUUUCCCUGCUGUUACAGCAGGAGGGGGAGGAUGGAGGAAUAAAGGGUACUCCUCUGAAGGAGAGAAAGGAUGCAGGAAUAAAAUGAGCUGGUUUAUUAACUAUUUACUAUUUAUUGUUUAUUAACAGAGGGAGGUGGAAGGCACUCACACACUUCACAGCUCCCUGUCCCAGCCCAGCCUUAGC